AUGCCUCACGCAGAACGAGACACUAUGGGUGAACCUACAGUCAACGGCGAGAAGCCCGCUUCGCAAUUCCUCUCACAUCUCACCUCGUACCCUGUUGUCUCAGACUCCAUCACCACCUUCAAGAACAACAAGUACGGCGCCAAGUCGCUCACCUACGCCGACCAGGGCUACGCCUUUGCAAAGCCCUACCUGCCCUAUCUCUCCGCCCCUUACUCCUACGUCGCUCCCUACGUGGCCAAGGCCGACUCCCUGGGCGACCAAGGGUUGACCCAUGUGGACGAGAGAUUCCCCAUCGUCAAGGAAGACACCGACAAGAUCCGAGGCACCCUCGUCGACACGGCAUACUUCCCCGUGCGAGUCGCCGAAGACGCGCGCCAGCACCUCUUGGACACCUAUGGCGCCGAGUACAAGAAGUGCGGCGGCGCUGGCUACGUCGCCAGCGGCAAGGCCGUGGUGACCACCAGCCUCGUCCUCUCCCAGGAGUCGCUGGGCUGGCUGAGCACCGCUAUCGCGGCCCAGAAGGAGCAAGCCAAAGAAGUCGUCAACGAGAAGGUGAACCAUUAA